GCUCGACGGAUGGAUUCCGCCGCCGUGGCCAUCGUGACGGUGUCGUUCCCGGCGCAGGGUCACCUGAACCAGUUGCUGCAGCUGUCCCCGCUCCUCGCAUGGCGGGGGUUUCCUAUCCACUUCGCCGCGCCGGAGCCGCACCUCAGGGAGGCCCGCGCGCGCCUGCACGGCUGGGCCCCGACCCCGCGACGGUGUGUUUCCACGCGCUGGACGUGCCCGCGCACGACUCCCCCUCCCCCGUUCCCGGCGCACAUGCAACCCUUGUUCGAGGCCUUCUGCACCGGCGCGCAGGCCUCGCUAGUCGCGCUGGAGAGGAGGCGGAGGAAAUGGAGAGGAGGCGCGACGCACAGACGGAAGGUGUUGAUUUGAUGGAUAUAGAUGGACGGUCCAGAUUGGUUCGAGGCAGAACUAGUGGAGGCAUACUACCCUUACAACCUUAAUACAGUAAGUAUAGAUAUCAAAGACGUCGUGUAAUAAAAGUGAUCAUAAUGAACAUCUUUACAACAUAUGGAUGAUGAUGUAAUGUCAGAAUCAAGUUGUCUUAGUUUCUUUUUGUUUAAUGAGAAAUUGGAAGGAUAGCGACGAUUCCAAAGUCCGAACAGAGCUAGUUUCUCCCGAGCGCAAAUUUUGAAAACCCUCAACCCGGCACUCCGCACUCAGAUCUGCCUGCCAGGCCCCCCCACAAAUCCACAAUCCAACCGCACAAGACUCGGAAGAAGAAGCGGGGUGAUGGAAGACGGCGACGAGAGCGCGGCGGCGGCGCUGGGGCUGAGCCCGCAGCUUUUCGUCAACGAGGUCCACGGCAUCAUCGCCGACAUCAGCGCCGAGGCCUUCGAGUACUGUCUCCAGCUUGUUAACUUGCCAUGUUACCGUCGCUUCUCCUCUCCAGGGCAGCGGCCGCACCAGGGGUCGUCGGCGCCGCCAAGGCUGCAGAGAAGGCCAUGGAUCUCCAGCGGGGAUUAAAUGCUGUUCACCAUGUCGUAAAGGAUCGACUGGACAAGAGAAUGGCCAACUGGGAGAAAUUCUGCCUUCGACAUUGCUUCGAUGUACCUGAAGGUUUUGUGGCCGAUGAAAAUGAUAGUUCUUGUGCAAAAGAAUCACACAAAAAUGGGACUUCAGAUUCAGAUUUGGAUUUGGAACUUGACUCCUUAAGGAGAAAGCUCGAAAGUGCUAACAAGGAGUCUGAAAAUCUUGAAAGAGAGAUGUCGUCAUUGGAAAGGCAAAGUAUGCACAAAAGAAAACUUGAUUCUUCAAUCUCUGAGAUACAAAAGUUGUUUGAAGACAAGUUAAUGCAGGGAUUUGAAGACCUUGUGAAGGCAAUACCGGCAUUGCGGCAGAAAAUAAUAGAUAUGAACAAGAAAAGGACUGAGAUCAGGUGUUUGGUAGAUCAACAGGUUUGGAACACGAGCAGUGUGAGAGGCAACAAGCGACAAACACUGGAUAAGGGUUUUACUGCAUGUGGUGUAGACACUCGAGAGGUCGUCAGUAUCUUUGAGAACAUGUAGCUUGUUGUUCUUUACCUGAUUCAUGUUGCUUACCCAUAGUGCCCGCAGCUUGCUUGCUUGGAGCUUUUCCCCAGUCUUGUUAUUGAUUGACACCAGAUAUUAUUUGGGCUAAUUCAAUUCAAGAAUGACUGGAGAUAUUAUUGGCCAUCUGGCACAGGUAAAUGCUACAUGUAAUUGCUUCCAGAAGCAUACUAGAUUGGAAAUGUAAUCCUUCCUGCGGCUACUUGUCUACCUCUGGUCGAGAGAUUUUCUGAACUGCUUCGGUCAUCAUAGUUCUUUUAGCAUACAGUAUGUGGUAUAACUUGUCCUGUACAUGAGAAAGGAACAUUAAGCAGCUGCUACAUAUAUCUGAGAAGUUUCCCAUUUUAUGUUACAACUAGUA